AGCUCUCCGCCACAAGGAAGCAUCGGUGGAGUAUUUAAAGUUGCACGGUGGGGGGUUCGCUGCGUUGUAGGCUAGCGUUGUCGUCCCACUGCCGUUUUAUUUCCCUAGUGCCAAACUAAAGCUCCAGGGGAAGAUGAAGGCGCUGCUGCUGCUGCUGGUUUUGACCGUGUUGGCAAACGCUCCGUUCGGCGGCUGCGCUGACUCCUCUUCGUGUUCCCACCCUCCAUCCAAGUGGUGCUCGUCUCUCGACUCUGCUGUACAGUGCGGGGUUUUGAAGCAUUGCCUGGAGUCCAACUUCACCAAAUUGCAUCAUGAGAAAGCGGAUCGAGUGGAGGUGGCGCUUUACUACGAGAGUCUGUGUCCCGGCUGCAGAAUGUCUUUAACACAGAUUCUCUAUCCCACCUGGGUCUUGCUGAGUGACAUCAUGUCUCUCACCCUGGUUCCCUACGGCAAUGCACAGGAGAAACCUGAUGGACAGAAGUUCAAUUAUGAGUGCCAACAUGGAGAACAGGAAUGUCUGGGCAACAUGAUUGAGACUUGUCUAUUGAACAUGACAGACGCUGCUUACCAGAUUAUCUACUGCAUGGAAUCCUCCUCUGACGUCAUCAAAGCAGCCCAGAGUUGUGCACAGCUCCACAGCCCCGGCCUGAGCUGGGACAGCGUCACAAGCUGCGUCAAAGGGGACGUUGGAAACCAGCUGAUGCAUCAGAACGCCUUGAAGACCGGAGCUCUGCAGCCUCCCCACCAAUACGUUCCCUGGGUGACCAUAAAUGGGGAGCACACAGAAGAGCUGCAGGAGAAGGCCUUAAACUCUCUCUUCACUCUGGUCUGCAGCAUGUACAAGGGCCCCAAGAUUCCAGCCUGUGGAGCAGGGGGAAUGCACUACAGAAGCUACUCCCACAUUGAGUGAAGGAGGAGAACUCCACAUCUUUGCUCCUUUCCAGGUGUGGCCACUAAAUAAGGAACCCUGAUGAGUGCCAUCAAAUAUUUUUGUACCUGGGAUUUUACUACUGUUUCUUUUAAAGGGAAAACUGUUCUGCUCGUUUAACAAUUGAUUGAAUAAAAAUACAAUUUACUUUCUGAAAAUAA